GACUACUAUUCCUUGGCAAUAUUCCAGAAUGUAUUUUAUACAAAAGAAUAAACAGUAUAUACAAACCAUGCAAUUGGCGUCUCUAGCACGAGUAUUCGAGAAAACAACCAAAACUCGUUCAAAAAGUCAAACAGUAGCAGCAAAGAAAAAGAAAGCGCCUUAUGACUCAACUCCAUAUGCCUCCCACUUCAUACCACUUUUAGAUAUGGAAAUGGAAGCUGAACAAGAACAAGUAAAAGAACGUCUCAAGUGGAGUAGACAAAGACUGGAAAGACAAGGUCUUGCUUUAUUUGAACUAAAUGCACAACUGGAUGGAGCUUUAUAUGGUCAAGGAGUUGCUAAACUCUAUUCAUAUAAAAAGUUACCUUAUCAUCGAUUGACUCAAGGUGAUUGGGUACUUUGUGUGCGUGGAAAAGAGUCUAUUCGAGGGACUCUAUUAGAAAGACACUCCAAGUAUCUACGUAUCGUCGUAGGAGAAGAAUGGAUGGCUGGAAAAGAUUGGACUGUAUAUCAAAUAUCUAAUACAGUUGCGUUUGAGCGUUCCAAAAAUGCCGUUGAAGAGCUAAUAACGAUGGCUCAACAGAGUGAUCAUGAAAUCAGUCAAAUAAUUGUGAAAAGUUUUGCUAAAGAGAUUAUAGAAGAUGGGAAUAUACAAAAAGAACCUAAAGGAGGAUGGAAUGAUUAUCAUACUUGUUCAAGUUAUUUAGUACAAUUGGUUACAUCACAAGGCAGACAAGGAACAUUGGAUGAACUAUGUCGUUCUCGAAUAUUUCCACAGAGUCCAUCGGAAUGGCAAAAGAUUCGACAAGAUGAGAAUGAUUGGAAUGAGUCACAACAAACUGCUUGGAAGAAUGCUUUGGAAAGAAGACUUACUUUGAUUCAAGGGCCUCCUGGUACUGGGAAAACCAAGACAUUGGCCAAAAUUCUUGCAAGUCUAGUCCAAUUAGGUCGAACUCCCAUAUUAGCUAGUGCAUAUACUCAUAUUGCUACGGAUAAUAUACUCGAUGAACUGGAACGUUACAAUAUUCCUGCAAUAAGAAUUGGAAAGCCUGCCAAUAUUCAUCGCAAUUUAUGGAAAUAUUCUUUGGAUUCCCUUUUAGAAAGAGAUACGAGAAUUAUAGAGAAGAGAGAAAACUUGAAGAAAGCAAUGGAAAGACUUGCCCAACCCAAAAGAGGCAAAGCUAUUGGAUUAGCUCAUCGAGACUAUUCAAAGUCACUUGGUCAGUUGAAACAAACAGAAAUGAUUGCGACCAAAGAGAUACUCGACAAGUAUCCCAUAGUAUUAAGUACUUGUGUGGGUGCUGGUGAAGAAAUAUUAAAGAAUAUUUCUUUUCAAGUAGUUGCAAUUGAUGAAGCUACACAAUCACAUGAACCAGGUUUACUGAUUCCAAUUAUCAAAGGAUGUGAACAAUUGAUUUUGGCUGGUGAUCACUAUCAAUUACCACCCACUAUUUUGAAUCCUGAGGCAGCUGAAAGUGGUCUUUCUGUGAGUUUAUUUGAACGUUUAGUUCGUUCAGGUGUGGAGCCUUAUCUAUUACGUACUCAAUAUCGUAUGCAUCCUUCGAUUGCAGCAUUUCCUAGUCAAUAUUUCUAUCAUGGCUUAUUGCAUUCUGCACCUUGUACUCAAUCGAUAUCCAAUUACUUUCCUUGGCCUAAUCCUCAAACGCCUAUUGCCUUUAUUCCAGUCCUUGGUGAAGAAUGGGUUACUGAACAAGGCACUUCCUAUUGUAAUCCUCAAGAGUCUCAAGUAGUGAUAGAAACCAUAUCACAAAUUGUAGAAAAUUGGAUGACUGCUCAAAACAGUAAUCAUACUCUCCAACAAUCUUUUCCAACUAUUGGAAUCAUUACUCCAUAUGCUGGACAAAUGAGAGAUAUUAUGGAUAGAAUGGAUAGAGAAACAUCUACAGAAUGGUUAUCUUAUGUGGAAGUGAAAACAGUGGAUGGAUUUCAAGGACGUGAAAAAGAUAUCAUCAUUAUUUCUACUGUGCGAAGUAAUCCAUCUCAAUCACUUGGUUUCUUACAGGAUUGGAGAAGAUUGAAUGUUGCCAUAACUCGUAGUCGAAGUGGUUUGAUAGUCAUUGGAAAUGCCAAUACUUUAAGUAGGAAUGAUCAUUGGAAACGUUGGUUGGAGUGGAUAAGUCAUCACGGUUGUAUAUAUACCCGUUGAUAUAUUCUAUAGAAAUAUAUAUAUGUAUACACUACUCAUGGCAAGAUUAGUUUUACAAAAGUUAUAUUAUCAACCACCACCACCACUUAUAAAACAACUAUACCCUCUUUCUUUGAAGAGUCAACAAACCAUAAAGUACUUGUCACCUAU